GAAAACAGAGGACACAGAUAUGGGAAGUGCGGAAGCACCUACUGUAUCAAAUUGAUAUAGGAAUAACAGAGAGUUGGCCAUUCUAAGAGCUCAGUACAGAGAAGUUGGUCACCUGGACAGUGCAGAGAAACUGGGAGUUUUUGAAAGAAAUGUUUGUUUUUCAAGUUUUUGGACAUUUUUAAAUAUCCUUUUUGUGGUACGCCACACAACUCCUCCGUUUCUGAUUGGAUGAACGAGGCAGUUUGUCCCUAUAGAAAGCUAUCUGUAGCUCUAACAGGCUGCAGAGUGAUUGUUGCAGUAAUUUGAGAGUUGGAGCAUCUAUCAGAAUGCCAGGCGAAAUUUGCUCAUGGCUGGUGCUCCUUUCUCUAUUUGGAACGACCCACAGCUGCCUUCAGGAUCCUUCUUUGGCCUACAAACACACUGGAAUUGUGUGCAGACUCACCUAUCCUGCGGCCGUUGUUUUGAAUGAGAAAACCACUAAAGUUAUUGAGGCAGCUUUCCAACAUGCCCGUUACCCAAGCAUGCAGGGAGAGAAAUCAGCUGCUUUCUUUGGCAAAGUCUCGUAUGGCCUAGAAAAUUUGGAGAUUUACAACCUGUCGAUCGGCCGGAGUGACUUUGAGCUGCGUCCAGGGGAAGGCAUCGGUCUGGAGAUAAGCAACGUCUCCGCUGUGUUCAGCGGCACCAUUCAGUACGGAUAUGGCAGCUGGCUAGUCAAUGUUGGACACAAACUUGACUUUGAGGUUGAAACUCAGAUUGAUCUUGGAAUCAACCCAAAACUUUACUGCGGUAAUUCGAAGGUCGCUGCAGACACAUCUGAUUGUUACCUGAAUUUUCAUAAGUUUCGCCUCUACCUGGAGGGAGACAAGGAGCCCAACUGGCUGAAGAAGCUCUUCACUGACUUCAUCACCUUCACAGUUAAGCUGGUCGUCAAAGGACAGAUCUGUAAAGAGAUCAACAAGCUGGCGGACAUCCUGGCUGAAUUUAUACAAGACACAGCAGCCAACUUCCUCAGUGAUGGCGGUAUCAGUGUUGAUAUUGGUGUAACUACGACUCCUCUCAUCACAGCGAACUACAUAGAGUCCUACCACAAGGGUCUGACAACCUACUUAAACUUGACUUCUGUGAUCAACGCCUCAGUUUUUCACCCAGAUCACCUGACUGAAAACAGGAUGGUUUACUUCUGGUUCUCAGAUGACAUUUUUAUACCACUGAUUGCUGCUGCUCAUCAAGAUGGCCGCUUCCAACUUGACAUUUCAUCAGAAGACCUUAAAACACUUUUUGAGACAAAUCUCUCCAGCAUCAAGCCUGAAUAUGUUGCAAAGUGCUUGUUGGAAUCAGCCUCCCCUGAGCUGAGAGUGUGGAGCUCCUCUGUUCCCACCCUGAACACCUCCACCGUGGGAACGUCGGUCUGGGCUCAGGCCACCGGAGAGCUCUACUGUGGAAGUCAAAACAAACCAACGUUGUCCUUUCAAAUGAACGUUACCGUAGAUGUCACAGCUUCCUAUGCAGACAAGAAACUUUUUCUCCAUGGCAAACCACAACAGAUCUCUGUCAUCCGAGCUGAGCUGCCCCUGCAGAAUAAACUGAUAAACGACGAAGCUCAAGUUGAGUUUAUAAGGGAAGCUGUGGAGAAAAUAGGUGUUCCUAAAGUCCUGUCUGUUUUGGAGGUGGAGAUAACCAGGUUGAUGGACAAACAGGGGGCAAACUUGUUUGAUAUCAUUGACCCCGAGGUGCUUCAUCAGGAAGGAUACAUUGUGACUCAGAUGGAUUUCGGUUUCCCUCAUCAUCUUCUUGUGGACUUCCUCAAGAGGACGCUGCAGUAACUGUGCUGCUCGAAGCAUCUAGCGCAGUCUUCCUAUGUAUCACACAAAAAUCUGUUUCUAGCAGCACUGUUUACCUUAAAUUUAGAAAGUAAAUAAGCAAAAAAAAACAAAAAAACAAUGCUUCACCCUAACAAACUAAUCCAUUUCCUUUUGGUUUUUGUUAUUGUAGAAAUAAAUAAAACACACAUUUGAAGUUGUUGACGUUACUGACCUCAUCUGGAAAGCUUUUCCCACAUCCAGAAAGACCCACUGAACAUUUUCCUUAGUUUUGAUUUGUGCUUAUUUUGUAUGUUAUUAAAAAAAAUACCCAUACAA